AUGGUCAACGGCUCCUACGCUUGCGGCAACUCGGACCUUUUGAAGCGAGAUCUGCGGGAUACCAUGGGUUUCAAGGGCUUCGUGAUGUCCGGCUGGAAGGCCACGCACUCGUCCAUGGACAUGGUCCACGGCCUGUCUCAGGAGAUGAGCGUGGGCGCCCCCGAGCAUUUCCAGCUGGCGAAGUUCAGCGAGUUUGGUCCCGUGAGGCUGGCCGAGGCAGCCGGCGAGAUCCUCACGUCGGUCUACCGCCUCGGGCUCAACCGCGAGGCGGUCUCCUGCGCCCAGCCGUGCACCAGCAUGAAGUUCGCCAACGCCCGGAGCGAGGCGCACACGGCGUUGGCCCGUGAGGCAGCCACCGCGUCGCUUGUGCUGCUGAAGAACACUGGCGCGUUGCCCCUGCGCGCUGGCCCCAAGAAGCGGCUGGCUGUCGUGGGUCUCCCCGCGAGCGCCAGGCGGGGCGAAGCCUCAUCCAGGUGCCCUCUGCCGCGGCUGGAGGAGGGCCAGAAGGGCAAGGACGAGCACUGGGCCUGCCAGAAGAUGACGAGCGCGGACUACUACGGCGGUGGCGGCUCCGGCGCGGUCGUCGGCGUGGAUCCGCUGACCCCAGCGGAGGCAAUCAAGGAGCGCGCCGAGGCACUGGGCAUCGAAGUCGUGAACUACACGACGCGGGAAUCGAUGGACGCGAUGUCCGAGUCCGAGGUCGCCCUAGGGGUGGACGCCGUGUUGGUCUUCGCAGCCACCACCGCGGUCGAGUCCAUGGACCGCACCUCCCUGGCGCUCGACGACCACGCAGAUCGCCUCAUCUCGAGGUUCGCUGAGCUGGCGCCCACGGUGGUGUGCAUGCAGACACCAGGCGCUGUGCUGACUCCGUGGCGGGACCGGGUGAGCGCCAUCGCGAACCUGUUCCUGGCUGGCGAGGAGACGGCUCAUGCGUGGGCCGCUACACUUUUCGGUGACCGCACGCCAGAGGGAAAGCUGCCGAUCGCAAUGCCUGCUUCAAAAGAAGAUCAAAUUCUCCCCAGCAAGAGCAAAAUGGUACCCUACGCCGAGGGAAUAUGGACGUCUUACCGCUCGCCGCAGUUCAAGUGGGCGUUCCCGUUUGGCCAUGGACUCUCGUACACGACGUUCGCCUACGGCGAGCCAGAGGCUUUCCUCGGCGGCGGAUACGAGAAGCAGCGCUCGAAUGACUGCGACGCUGUCGUCUGCGUGCGGAUGCCGGUGUCAAACACUGGCGCUGUCGCGGGCAGGGAGGUGGUCCAGGCAUACCUUCAGUUCCCCAGAGACACUGGGUACCCGAUGCUGCUGAGGGGCUUCCAGAAGACUGGCCUGCUGCAGCCGGGGACGAACACCGAGGUGAGCCUCGAGUUCACGCUGCGGGACUUGUCGCUCUGGGUACUCGAGAGCAGCGGAUGGGUGCCCCAAGCGCAGUUUGUUAUCUUGAUCGGCUCCUCGAGCAAGGACAUCCGCCGCAUGCUGAACGUGACGGUCCCAACGGAGUAG